AUGGGCCUCACCGGUAACACUCGCAUGCGCGCCGUAUCCACCGCCGACGUUCUGCGACCACAGGACAAAGACAUUUCUAUUCUCGUGAGAACCUUGGACACCCUCGACCGCAGUUCUUACGAUGCUUUGCAAAACAGCCUCGACCAGUCGACCUGCCUGCAACGGCUGCGCCAUUUCCUCAAAGACGACAGUCAGCUCCAUGGUGCGAACAGUGGCUUUAGAAGAGCCGGCGGCUUCCAGGCACUCCUUCGUUUGCUUCGCACCCUGCUCGACAUAUUUGUUGCUCAGAACGACCCAACCCCUGGUAUUAAGUCCUUCUUGCAGACCCUCUCCCAGUGGUUUGUAGUUCUCGGUGCCGCCUUGGAGGGCCAUGAGGGCAACCAAAGAUAUUUCAGGACUAAGGUCGACAACGGUGGCUGGGUCUCUUUACAAUCCACUUUGGAACAGUUCCUGGCUAUCCUGUGGUCGCAGACUAGGGAUGACCUCUUUCUCGAACAGUUUUUCGGCAUACUCUUCGCAACCGCUACUGGCGUGGAAAUGAUAAAUGAUCUCUUUGUUGCUGCUGAAAGUGCGAUUUCUCGGCAAGAUACCAGACUUACGUCCGACCAAGCAUUUGCCCUUGCCCAGAGUGCACUGAAUAAAUCUGUUUCCAGCGUCGAUGACUUGGAGGUUCCCGAGCUCCUAACAUUGUCAUUGACACUUUGGGCCUCUGGUGCAAAGACAGGCAGUAUCCCACGGAGAGUGUUAAGGCUCACCUUGCCAGAAAGUUUCAGACAGGUUCUCUCUGUCUCCCGACGGAAUAUCGUCUCCGCCCAUACUGCAGGGGCCUUCACAGCUAUUAUACAGCUGAUCUUUGACGAGCGCCUACCAGCUGCCGAACGAGCUGCAUUUAAACAAGUCGCCCUUCUUCUAUGCCAAGAAGGUGUCUCAAGCCUCGAUGAUGCCCAUUUUCUAUUCACCCAAGCAAGCAAGUCGUCCGAAGCUGCUUCAUUUCUUCUUGACGCCUUGAGUGUCUCCCGCCAGCCCCCCAGCGUCCAGUUUGACUUGUCCCAACAGGGCUUUGCGUCAACAGAACUUGCGACCCUCGGAAGGCCGUUCCCUCCCCUUGACAGCACCGGCUACACACUCAGUCUAUGGGCACGUUUCGACUCGUUCGAUAGUCAGGCCCAUACUACUCUCUUCGGUGCCUUUGACAAAACUCAGACUUGUUUCAUUUUGGCCUAUCUUGAACGAGACUCACAUCAUCUUAUUCUGCAGACGGCGAUACAAGGUAACCGACCUAGUGUUAGAUUCAAGUCUGUUGCUUUCCAACCAGAGAAAUGGUAUCAUAUCUGCAUAACACAUAAACGACCAAAGGCCACAUCCUCCUCCAGGGCUUUCUUGUUCGUUGAUGGUGAAUUUAUGGAACAACAAAAGGCGAAUUAUCCAUCACAGUCUCCAACUGAUCGUGAUCAAACCAGCGUCAAGAUCCAAGCUUUUUUCGGAACUCCUCAGGACCUUUCACCUAAUCCAUCCAGGGCAACUUGCUUGUCCAAAUGGUCUCUUGGGUCUGCUGUAUUAUUCCAAGAUGUCAUGAGUGAUGAUUUAGUUUCUGUCUUCUUUCAUCUUGGGCCUAAGUAUCACGGAAAUUUUCAAGAUUGCCUCGGCUCUUUCCAGACCUACGAGGCAUCGGCUGCGUUAAACCUGCGCAACGAGAUGUUGCAUCCAGGCAAAGAAGAGCACUCGGACCUUAUCCUAGCAAUUCGACAAAAGGCAAGCACCCUGAUCAAAGAAGAGAAGAUUCUUAUCAACGUAUCACCCGCUGCAAUCCUAGACAAUGAUGAUCGGAAUGCUAUCGACGAGACCCAGUUGGUGAAAUCCUUAUCGAAGCUGGCGGCAAAGAAUCUUGUUGCGUACACGAGAUCAGGCACUAAUGCCGUCGCGAUCAACGGUGCUGUCCCGGCAAUCAACGACGCCCUGAUACAAGCUCGAGGUGCAUUUAUGCUUAUGGGUGAGCCGACCAUAACGGUCCCUCAAUCCCUUGAUGAUGCAAGCUGGAGAUUGGGAGGCUGCGCUGCCGUUGGGUUGGGGCUAUUGCAUCGUGCUCGAACCACUGAAGAUAUUGCUCUAGCCGUCGAUAUUACCUUGGAGACUGUUCGUCACAGCUGGAGAAAUAGCGAGGUUAUGGAGCGAGAUAGUGGCUAUGCCAUUUUGGCAAUGCUCUUAAAAGACAAAUUGGCAUCCCCAACACAGGGGAAUGGAGAAGGAGUGAGGACAACGAUUGCAAUCCCCACAUCUCGGCUGGAUAGGAACGGGUUGAUUCUUCGGUGUCUAAAGUCUAUUCUUGCUUUUACCGGCUACGAUCACGACGAGCCUUCUAAAUCAGUAAUCAACAAUCCGCUCGCCUACAAGGUUUUGCUUGCAGACAGCAGUAUCUGGAGAUGCGGACCACUCAAUGUCCAACAGCUUUAUUUCGAUCAAUUUCUCGUCCUCGCAGAACAGAGCGAGCACAAACAAUUCAACCUAAAGCGACUGUCAAGGAUGAGAGUAUUGAAGCGUUUGAUGGAGGCUCUCAAGUCUGAACCUGUCACGCGAGCUAUUAUGCCAAUGUAUAUGGCUGCCUUUAAAGUUCUCUUGCCUCAAUCGUUAGCAGCUGAGAAUCUUCGAUCGCUUGCACUGUUCAUCACCUUUUCUGUAAACAAGCGCAAUUUGGGAUUGCUAUCACGCAAAUCCACACGCAAAGAAGCAAGACAGCGUAGUUCAUCGAACGGAUCUUCUCACAGUGGUAAAGACGAGCCAGGAGUCAAUCUGACGCAUUUUGAAAUUGGCGUUGAAGUCCUGAGACUAUACUCUGAAAUACUUUGUCGAAAGGGUGAUGACAACGUUAUUAAAAAGUUCGCGAAGACUGUCACAAACAAGUGGCUCCUUUACCUCCUAUCCGAGACAUCCCCGGAAGUUGUUGUACUAUCCAUGAGGAUCUUAGCAAGAUUAUUGGUCAUCCACGGUGAUGGUUACGUCAAGAAAUUCAAAGACAGCUCAAAAACAUCGGGAUUCACAAUCAUGGCAUAUCGUUUGAAGAGAUGGUGGCACCUGCCGGCUUUGUGGCCAGCAUGUUUUGCAAUUCUCUUUGGCUUGGACGUUGCCGAUUUGGACUUGGAUAGGGACUUUGACCUUUUCGGCUUCAUUGAUUUAUUUGCCGGCGGAAAAGAACUUUCUGUUGUGUAUCCUGAAAUCUUAGAAGCCAUCAAGGGAAUGCUGCAAAGUGGUCUGAAGACAAUAGUUUCCUCAAAAAGACACCAAGCAAGCUCAACCCUAGCUCCACGGCUCAGCGAGUCGACCAACCAGCCUCCGGAAAGGCUUUCAAUGUCAACAAUGGCGCCACCUGAUCCUCUUCUCACAAUAGUCACCAAUCAGCACGUUGACACUUUCAACACAGUUGUGAGGUUCAUGGCAGACUUGCAUACGCGAUCCCAAAAGUUCCGUGACUACGCUGCGAACUCAUCCUAUAUUCAAGACCUGCUGACAGUACUCUUCCCUGUUGUAGUUGGUUCUGAUGUGGUUGAGGCUAAGACCGAGCUUGAUGCACGAGAUUCUAUGCUGACUUUCGACGGUGGAGAUGUUGUGGUUCAACCUUUGUCUACAACACCACCGAUCGUGCGCAUCACCGAUUCCGACACAAUUGCCCCCAAAACUCGUGGCAAGACGCUUCGGAGAGGGUCAUCUUUUGUGCUUGUGAGUAGAGAACAGACACAUCAGAACGGAGGAGACUCCGGAAUCCAUCUUCCGAACGGUUCGACUUCUGCCCUUGGGAAAAUCCCUCCGCUUAAUGAGGGGCAUUCAAUCACACAAAGUCUACUGGAAGUCGUCAUCGCAAUCUUUCUUGACCAAAUUCUUGCAAGGAAAGAGUUCCCUGGCCUUGGUCUUUUUCUCAAAACUCCUCCUGGAUUCGCUGAACACCAAUCCUACUUCGAAACCUGGAUUUUGAGAAAUACGAUAUCACAAUUGUCGAACAAUCUUGCCUUGAACCAGAAAGUAUUAGUGGAACCUCGAGUGUUGAUCAACCUAGCGCGCUUGUUCACACAUUUUGAGGAAGCUCUUUUCGAAGGAUGGUUCAUCGGUGGCGCAGAUCCUGUCCUUGACCUGGCCGGCUCGAUUCUAGAGUAUUUGCACCGGCCCGAGAUUGCUGGAUUAAAACCCGUUCGCCUCUGUGCGCAAACUAUCACCAUCAUUCGGGCUGUUGUCUUUCGCAUCGUUCUCUUAAGCCUAUCGUCGAUCCAAGAUAAUGAGUCUCUGAAGUUCCUCGAGAAGUUGACAUAUUGGCAAACCGUACUUCUUUCCGCAGAGGAAACUCAGUCUUCCAAUUUGCAACUAAUCUGUUAUCUGCUAUAUGCACAUCUUGUCUCGUCAGACGAUGCUGUACGUCAAAUUGCGGCUAAUCUUUGGAGGAUCAUCUUGGUUCAAAAGCCUGCUGAAGCCGCUGCAAUAUUCGGACAGACAGACACCCCCGAGCAAAAGAAUUUGACCUCCAGUUUCGAGAAAGUUGUUGAGCUAGAUAACGAGACGUUCUUGUACUGGGUAGAUGAACACCGCGCCGACUUAGAUUCCUUAUUCUUUCAGACAUUAUCAAAGCAUUGGAACACUUUUGUUACAAGCGAAAACAAGCGCACAGAGGACAAUGGGCGAUUAAGGAUUUCCCGUCGUCGAGAAAAGGUGAAGCAAUGGGCGCGUGAAGAAGCUGAUCGCGAGGACCUCAUCCGGCGCCACGAAUUAGCAUUUGAAAAUUGGACGGCAAACAUCUACUCAUCAGAGUACUUGAAGCAUCAGCGACUUCUUCAAGAUCAACAGGAUGAUAUACAGUACACAGAAACGAGUUUUCACAGUAUGCAGAGGGAUACUAGCAGACCGGCAGGCUUGUUCAGUACCAACAAGCCUCGAAAAUGGCGUCUAGAUCAGACCGAAGGCCGCAAUCGCAUGCGUAUGAGGCUCCAUGAAGAUUUCUCGAAAGCGGAAGAUGAUCAACCAAAGCGGAAAGGUUCUGAUAUGCCUCAGUUGAGGUUGGAUACCAAGAACAUGAAGAUCUCAACGGCAGAAUCAAUUGGAGUUACUCCGGGUGGUAAUACACCGGUGGUUGACACACCUAAGAAGAUAGAUGAAACAGAACCAUUUCCCCAAAUGGAAGAAGGCCAGGAUAAGCCCGAAGUUGAGUGCGAGGUCACAGAGGCAGAAGGUGACGACAGCUUCGAACUCGUGGAGGAUCCGAAUGUGGACUUGGAUGACUUCGAGGACAAAAAUAGAAAAGUCAUGCGCAGUCUUCAUCGUGGAGACCAAGUGAAACAUGUUGCGAAUAUCUCGCGAAUUCUAGGUCUUGAAGCGGUUGAGGGACUGCUCAUACUCGGAAAAGAUCAUAUCUACCUGAUCGAUAACUUUUUCCAGCGUGCCGAUGGUGAGAUUGUCAACGUAUGGCAAGCGCCACUGGAGGAACGCGACCCAUACGUUCGAAUGAUAUCUGGUCGAGAUGUCACUGAACGCAAGAAUAUCUCAAGAAAUGAUGAACACGGGAGUCGAAGCUGGAAGUGGUCUGAAAUCAUCAGUGUAUCCAAACGACGGUUCCUGUUCCGGGAUGUUGCAACAGAGAUCUUCUUUAGUGAUGGUCGCAGCUACCUGCUAACAGUUACAUCACCUCAACUGCGCAAUGAAUUGCACAACCUUAUAAGCAGCAAGGCCUCUCCUCCAGCUGGAUCAAACAGCUCAGCGUCAGAAACUGCGUGGCGUUUCGAAACUCUACGUAGCGCCGAGGAUGAGCCUCAGACAUUAAGCUCGAGGUUUGCAAAUGUCUUCAGCCAACAAUCCGGCACUUUGGCGGCGACUAGGAAAUGGCAAAAGGGCGAGAUGUCUAAUUUCCAUUAUCUGAUGCUGAUCAAUACGAUGGCUGGAAGAACGUACAAUGAUUUGACCCAAUACCCUGUAUUUCCUUGGGUCAUUGCCGACUAUUCUAGUGAGGAACUUGAUCUCACGGACCCAAGGAGCUUCCGUGAUCUUUCGAAGCCGAUGGGAUGCCAAACACUCGAGCGAGAACGAGAGUUUCGAGAACGCUAUCAGACCUUUGCGGAAAUGGGUGACAAUAACACGCCGGCAUUCCACUACGGUACUCACUAUUCCUCGGCCAUGAUUGUCACGUCCUAUCUCAUCCGCCUGCAACCAUUCGUGAAGUCAUAUCUGUUGUUGCAAGGCGGCACGUUUGACCAUCCAGAUCGAAUGUUCUUCUCGAUUGAGGGAGCAUGGAAGUCCGCCUCGCGGAUAAACAUGACAGAUGUCCGAGAGCUUACUCCAGAAUUUUACUAUCUUCCGGAAUUCCUAGUAAAUUUGAAUGGAUUUGACUUCGGUACUCGACAAAAUUCAGACAAGUCUAUUGGCAACGUUGAGCUUCCGCCGUGGGCGAAGGGAGAUCCUCGAAUAUUCAUUGCUAAACAGCGUGAAGCGCUGGAAAGCCCACACGUUAGUCGCAAUCUCCAUAAAUGGAUUGACUUGAUCUUCGGUAGCAAGCAAAAGGGAGAUUCAGCAGUGGAAGCGGUCAAUGUGUUUCAUUACCUUUCUUACCAAGGAGCGAAGGACCUGGACACCAUCACAGACUCUGUUGAGCGGCUUGCUACCAUUGGCAUCAUUCAUAAUUUUGGGCAGACUCCAUACCAAGUGUUCGGCAGAGGGCAUCCAGUCCGGGAGCAGAUACGUCAUAAAUACAAGCGGCUAGACACAGCAGCCGAGUCCCUGACCAGGGUGCCAUCAACGCUUCUCGAGACCGAAGAGCGAGUGGCAUCUUUGAGCUACUCAUGGAAGUCAGACAAACUUUUGUGCUCCGGAGCCUUUAGAAUCAAUAUCCCGCCGAGCUACGAGAUAUAUAUGGAAUGGGGUUUUUCUGACAAUAGUGUUCGAUUUUACUCGGCCGAAAGCAGGAAGCAGAUUGGCCUCUUUGAGCACCUACACAUUGGUCAACUCUCGUGCGCCAUAUUCACUGACUCGCAAACGUUAGUCACGGCGGGAACUGAUUGUACUGUGGCGGUUUGGUCGAUCAUUGAGAACGGAAAAUCUGUCGAGCUGCAUCCACGGGCUACACUGUUUGGGCACCGAAAACCUGUCGGUGUUUUGGCUCUCUCUCGGUCUUUGAACGCAUUGCUUUCAGCAUCUACGGACGGACAAGUCAUGCUCUGGGAUUUGAAUCGAUGUGAGUUUGUACGGAAGUUGGAUGACGACCUGCUUGUGAAUUGUGCCGCGAUCAAUGACGUUACGGGAAACAUUGUCCUGUGCCAUGGCCAUCAGAUCAGCAUCUACAGCCUGAACGGGGACCUUCUUUUGCGGCAAGACUCGGGAGACCGGUCACAGGAGAGCGUUGUAUCAUGUGCAUGUUACGAAGGUGCAGGCAAUGAAUGGCUUGAGCGAGACCUUGUCUUCACCGGACACAAACGGGGCCAAGUUCGCGUCUGGAGCAGAGUAGUACGGGAAGGAAAAUUUGAAUUGGAGCUCAUUCGCCAGCUCAAUCAUGCAGACAGCACUCGAGAUGAUGGGGCAAACGUCACCGCAGGAAUCAGUUGCAUUCUACCGAUGCCACAAGUGGUGUACACUGGGGAUGAGGACGGCAGAGUGGUAAGUUCUGACACCUGCAGAUUCUCACAGGCGUGCAUUAGCUAA